AUGGCAUGCGUUUGUCGCUUCCUUGCCAAACUAUGGCACGCGACGCAAGUGGAGAUGCAUGGGACGCACUCCACACAGCGAGUGCUAGAGCUGACAAAGUACGCGAACGAGACGAGCUGGCUCCGGGUGGUUACGAUUUUGCUGGUAACCCCGCUGUCCUGCUUGGCCGUGACAGUCCUCGUGGAUAUUUUACCGCUUGAUGACCCUUUUCAUGGAGUGAAGGGCAACAACUUAUACUUCGCGCGCUCGUUCUACACUUUCCUGGUCAUCACCUUCCUGGCGACGCACCAGUUCCGCCUCACACUUUGUGUACUCGUGCACUACGGACUGGCCGCGGUUAUCGGGUUCCCGCUGCCAUUUUCGUUGAUGACGGUGACGCCAGCCUGGACGACACUUGUAGCCAUUUCUCUGGCUGUGGAGUGGGCGAAGAAGAUCAGAGAGACGCCUGGAGCAGGGAAAAUGGUUUAUAACGCGAUCAAACUGUGGCUAUGUGAGGUUUUGCUGGUGUUCACGUAUCUAGUGUACUACUACGUCUUCACAACGCUGUCCAAGAAGGGCAAAACGGCGUUUGCCUUGUUGUUGCCCGUGAUAAAGCUGGUUAUGAAGAACAUCAUCGCUCGCUCCGUGGUUCAUCUCAUUGACGAAAUGCCGGAAGUCGUGGUGUUCAACGCGGAAAUCUUCAAUGCGUUGUUCGUCUCGUACUGUAUGCAGAACUCGCCGUCAAUCUGGAUCACGCUGGAGAUGAUGAUCUUCGACGCCUUGAUGAUGGCCUUCUCGUUACGCGACGCGGGGAAUUCACGUCGGAGCUUGAAGGAACUGGAGCGACGGAUUGAAACCGAGAGAAGCUGGGGUAGUUUCCACUCGAGUACGAGGCGCUCAAGCACGAGACUGACCACUUUGGACCGGGCCAGCAUGCUGUUGCACUAUACCGUAAAGUCCGAGGUUGUAUCACCCCCCUCGGUUGAUGACCACAAGCUGGCGUUUCUACUGCCCGCAGCUGCAAAGUCUAAUGAGGCAACAGCGAAGAACUUCCGGUCAAUUGUACCGAUUUCUCCUAAGCUACUAUUUGGCAAGGUUGGUGCCCAUCCGGCAACCAAUACUGGCGAGAACCCGCCGAUUCGCUACACGCGCAAGGUUCAGCAACUUGUGUAUGCGGCGGAGUUCCUCCUCUUGCUCAACUACGUGGAGGUUAUCAUCCCCCUGGUCUACUCGAUCUACUUGUAUGUCAUGUACCAGUUGCCGAACCGUGGCUACUACGCUCAGCUUCAGAGCUUGGAUCGCGACCACCUUAUCCAUACAUUGCAAGGUGUGCUGUUUUACUGCUCGCUUCAAUUGCUCUCGCUUUUCGUGCUGUUUUUCGUAUUGCAAUUCACUCUGGGACUUUCUCCGAUCCAUCAACUGGCAUUCGUACUGGAAAAACAGUACAGCGGAGUGCAGCUCAAGCUAGUGUUCUGGGUCUACUACAACGUGCAGGCCUCACUACAGUACUCUGGCUAUGACUACUCCUUCAAAUUCGCUUGGCUACGUCAAUAA